CGCAGCGUCCCGGCCUCGGCCGCCGGCAGCCAUGCUCGGCGCACGGGCCUGGCUGGGCCGUGGCCUCCUGCUGCCCCGCGCCGGGUCCGGCUUCGCCGCGAGCCGCAGGUCUGAGAGGUUGGGGGAGACUAACCUGGCAGGGAGCCCCCCCAUGAGCCACCUUCCUUCACCCCCCCAAAAACACAAGGGGGAGCACAAAGGCCACGGUCUCCCCCGUGGUUCAGAAAGGGGUAGCUCCUCCCGGGACAAGGACCGAAGUGUGACAGUCAACAGUACAGUGCCCAUGCCUGUUGGAGGGAAGGGAAGCCGGACCAGCUGCUCCCCCUCCACACUCCAGAAGGUUCCCAACCGCCUGAUCAAUGAGAAGUCACCGUACCUCCUGCAACAUGCUUACAACCCUGUGGACUGGUACCCCUGGGGACAGGAAGCCUUUGACAAGGCCAGGAAAGAAAACAAGCCAAUUUUCCUUUCAGUGGGGUACUCCACCUGCCACUGGUGCCACAUGAUGGAGGAGGAAUCCUUCCAGAAUGAGGAGAUCGGCCGCCUGCUCAGUGAGGACUUCGUCAGCGUGAAGGUUGACCGGGAGGAGCGGCCGGACGUGGACAAGGUGUAUAUGACCUUCGUGCAAGCCACCAGCAGUGGUGGGGGCUGGCCCAUGAACGUGUGGUUGACUCCCAACCUCCAGCCCAUUGUGGGGGGCACCUAUUUUCCCCCUGAGGAUGGCUUGACCCGAGUUGGCUUCCGCACGGUGUUGCUGAGGAUACGGGAGCAGUGGAAACAGAACAGGAACACCUUGCUGGAGAACAGCCAGCGUGUCACCACAGCCCUGCUGGCCCGCUCGGAGAUCAGCAUGGGUGACCGACAGGUGCCCCCCUCCGCCGCCACCAUGAACAGCCGCUGCUUCCAGCAGCUGGACGAGGGCUAUGAUGAAGAGUAUGGUGGCUUUGCGGAGGCUCCUAAGUUCCCCACGCCGGUGAUCCUGAACUUCCUGUUCUCCUACUGGCUCAGCCAUCGACUAACCCAGGAUGGCUCUCGGGCCCAACAGAUGGCCUUGCACACCCUGAAAAUGAUGGCUAACGGGGGCAUCCGAGACCAUGUGGGACAGGGUUUCCACCGCUACUCCACGGACCGCCAGUGGCACAUCCCCCACUUCGAGAAGAUGCUGUACGACCAGGCACAGCUCGCAGUGGCCUAUUCACAGGCCUUCCAGAUCUCUGGUGACGAGUUUUACUCCGACGUUGCCAAAGGCAUCCUGCAGUACGUGGCUCGGAACCUGAGUCAUCGGUCUGGAGGCUUCUAUAGCGCAGAGGACGCAGACUCACCCCCAGAGCGGGGCAUGCGGCCCAAAGAGGGUGCCUUCUACGUGUGGACGGUCAAAGAGGUCCAGCAGCUCCUUCCUGAGCCUGUGCUGGGUGCCACUGAGCCCCUGACCUCGGGCCAGCUCCUCAUGAAGCACUAUGGACUCACGGAGGCCGGCAAUAUCAGCCCCAGUCAGGACCCCAAGGGGGAGCUGAAGGGCCAGAAUGUGCUGACUGUCCGGUAUUCGCUGGAACUGACCGCUGCCCGCUUUGGCCUGGACGUGGACGCUGUCCGGACCUUGCUCAACACUGGGCUGGACAAGCUCUUUCAGGCCCGGAAACAUCGGCCGAAGCCACACCUGGACAGCAAGAUGCUGGCUGCCUGGAACGGACUGAUGGUGUCUGGCUACGCUGUGACUGGGGCUGUCCUGGGUCUGGAGAGGCUGAUCACCUAUGCCAUCAAUGGUGCCAAGUUCCUGAAGAGGCAUAUGUUUGACGUGGCCAGUGGCCGCCUGAUGCGGACGUGCUAUGCGGGCCCCGGGGGAACCAUAGAGCACAGCAACCCGCCCUGCUGGGGCUUCCUGGAGGACUACGCCUUCGUAGUGCGGGGCCUACUGGAUCUGUACGAGGCCUCGCAGGAAAGUUCCUGGCUCGAGUGGGCUCUGCGGCUGCAGGACACGCAGGACAGGCUUUUCUGGGACUCCCGAGGUGGCGGCUACUUCAGCAGUGAGGCCGAGCUGGGGGCUGGUCUGCCCCUGCGUCUGAAGGACGACCAGGAUGGCGCGGAGCCCAGUGCCAACUCUGUGUCAGCCCACAACCUGCUUCGGCUGCACGGCUUUACGGGGCACAAAGACUGGAUGGACAAGUGUGUGUGCCUGCUGACCGCCUUCUCUGAGCGCAUGCGCCGUGUCCCCGUGGCUUUGCCCGAGAUGGUCCGCGCCCUCUCAGCCCAUCAGCAGACCCUCAAGCAGAUCGUGAUCUGCGGAGACCCCCAGGCCAAGGACACCAAGGCUCUGUUGCAGUGUGUCCACUCCAUCUACAUCCCUAACAAGGUGCUGAUCCUGGCCAAUGGGGACCCGUCCAGCUUCCUGUCCCGCCAGCUGCCCUUCCUCAGCACCCUGCGGCGGCUGGAAGACCGGGCCACAGCCUACGUGUGUGAGGACCAAGCCUGCUCGAUGCCUGUCACGGAGCCCUGCGACUUACGGAAACUGUUACAUCCGUGACUGCCUCGGCCGCCUCAGGCAGGGGCAGGAGGCCCAGCUUCCCAGCUGGCCGGAGACCCAGGCCCGGUAGAGCCCUGCGCACGCUGUGGCCAUCCCUGGGCACCCUGUCACCGGGUGCCCUUGGCCAUCCUUGCCGCUCCCCCCAUGGGCACCCACUCACCCUGGAAUAAACCUAACAGCAUCCCGCGGGAACCUCGG